GUCAAGUGCAGAAGCAUCCCGGCAACAGUGCAAGGCGAACCACAACCAGCGCCCAGACGAGCACCCGGCACCCCGACACCCGGCACCCUGACACCCCGACACCCGGCACACACACAGGGUGGGAUCACAGGUGAGAGCCCAGAAGAAGAAGAAGAAGAAGCUGAAGAGAAUAAUGCAGUCAGGCCUGGGAGAUCUGACCAAGCAGAGGAUGAUGCAGGCCAGAGCUCUGUCCCGAGAGGCCAGAGGAGGUCUGAACCUGGGGAAGAAGAUAAGCGUCCCAAGAGAUGUGAUGAUGGAGGAGCUCACUCUUCCAUCAAAUCGGGGCUCUCGGAUGUUUCAGGAGAGACAGAGGAGGGCGGAGAAGUUCACGCUGGAGAACGUCACCAGCGAUGCCUAUAACAACUAUAACGUUCAAUGCGAGGCCAUUCCUCCCCCACAGAUCAUCCCAGAGCCACAGGGAGGGAAGGAAAACCAGGCUUUUGCAGUCCCUGGUAAGCAUAGCCUGGUCGUGAACCUUCAGAAGACUGUAGCAAAGAAGGGCAGCCCCGAUGUCCUGGCUCCAGGCUACACUGGCCCUUUGAAGAAGAUUCCUCCGGAGAAAUUCAACACAACCGUAAUCCCCAAAUCCUACUGUUCUCCAUGGAGGGAAGCUUUGGGAAACAAUGAGGAGCUCCUGGUUUCCAUCAGUGCCCAGCUGCCCCAGCUCCCACCACGGCUACAGCCUGCCAACUACAGGUGCUUUAACAGGUCCGCGAUGCCGUUCGGAGGAGCUAUGGCGAGCAAACGGGUGAUCCCGGUGAUCAACUUCGAGGCCGUGGAGCCCCAGAACCUCCCUGGUGUCGUACUGGAGCGCAUGUGUCACCGACCCAACUUCAACAGAGCGCCCAGGGGAUGGGGAAUGGAUUACAACCCAGAAUCUAACGAACUAUGAGCGGAGGCCGGAGCGCUGGCCUACGCUUGCUGCUCUCGUCUUACAAAGAUGAAUCCAUUCGUGAUCACAGGGUAUAUCGGUGGAGGGGAAAGUAUUUUUUGGCAUAACAUUAUUUUGCUACUGCCGAGUGAUUUGACCAGCUUAGAUGAACUCUUACCCCCGUCCACUCUAGGACAACGCUGCCUCAAGAUAAUCACUCCGACCUAGUGUUCCCGUUAUCCACCCCAAUCGUGAUCUCUUCUGUUUCACAUCUUACCAAACACAAGUAGAAAUCCUUUCAUUAAAAACAACGAAAAUACACUGGGAUGAUUAAUGACAAAAGUAAGUCAUUUUAAUGACAAUAACGUUCAAAAAAAUCCUUACAAUUACGUAGAUCAUUAUGUGGUAGAAUAUCAAGACAAGGCUAAUGGAAAAAAAAAAAAAAA